AUGGCCGAAGUUGAAAAAGACCUUGAAAAGCUUUCGGUGCAGGAAAAGGCUCCUGCCAAGCCCCAAGCUCCAAAGAAGGAAAAGAAAAAGGCCCCUCAGCAGAACUUGCUCUUAGACCCUCAGCCAGAGUUUCUUGACUACAGAAUCAAGAUUUUCGAUGAAUUGAAGGCAAAGUACGACAGCGAAAUCGCCGCCAAGCCAAGAGACGCCAUCAAAAUCACCUUGAAGGACGGCUCUGUCAAGGAAGGCACUGCCUACGAGACCAGCCCUUGGGAUAUUGCUUCUAGCAUCGGUAAGUCUUUUGCCGAAAGACAAGUCAUUUCCAAAGUCGACGGCGAAUUGUGGGACUUGGAGCGUCCUUUGGAGGGCGACGCCGUGUUGGAGUUCUUGGACUUUGAGCACCCAGAGGGAAAAGCCGUGUUCUGGCACUCUUCUGCCCACGUUUUGGGUGAAGCUUGUGAAUGCCACUAUGGAUGUCACUUGUCUUACGGUCCUCCAACGGAAGACGGAUUCUUCUACGACAUGUCCAUCAACGAUGGUGAGGGUGUUGUGUCCCAAGACGAUUUCGGUACCAUAGAGAAGGUGUCGACCAAAAUCAUCAAGGAGAAGCAAAAGUUUGUGCGUUUGGAAAUGACCAAGGAAGAGUUGUUGAAGAUGUUUGAGUACAACAAGUACAAGGUCAAGUUCAUCAGCGAGAAGGUGCCAGAUGGAACCUCCACCACCGUUUACAGAUGUGGUCCUUUGAUCGAUUUGUGCAGAGGCCCACACAUUUUGCACACGGGAAAAAUCAAGGCAUUCAAGGUUUUGAAGAACUCUUCGUCGUACUUUUUGGGUGACUCUAACAACGACUCCUUGCAAAGAGUCUACGGUAUUUCUUUCCCAGACAAGAAGUUGAUGGACGAACACUUGAAGUUCUUGAAAGAAGCAAGCGAAAGAGACCACAGAAAGAUUGGUAAAGAGCAGGAAUUGUUCUAUUUCAAUGAAGUUUCUCCAGGUUCUGCUUUCUGGUUGCCUCACGGUACCAGAAUCUACAACACCUUGGUCGAUAUGUUGAGAGAAGAGUACAGACAAAGAGGAUAUGAAGAAGUCAUCACUCCAAACAUGUACAACACGAAAUUGUGGGAAAUCUCAGGCCACUGGGGCAACUACAAGGAAAACAUGUUCUCGUUUGAGGUGGAGAAGGAUACUUUUGGCUUGAAACCUAUGAACUGUCCCGGCCACUGUGUUCUUUUCAAGAGCAGAGAAAGAUCGUACAGAGAAUUGCCAUGGCGUGUGGCCGACUUUGGUGUCGUGCACAGAAACGAGUUUUCCGGUGCUUUGUCUGGUUUGACUCGUGUCCGUCGUUUCCAACAGGACGAUGCUCAUAUUUUCUGUGAGCAAGACCAGAUCGAACAGGAAAUCGCUGGUGUGUUUGACUUCUUGCAAAAGGUGUACGGUACUUUUGGCUUUGAGUUCAAGAUGGAGUUGUCUACGCGUCCAGAAAAGUAUGUCGGAGACUUGGAAACGUGGAAUGGAGCUGAGAAGAACUUGGAGAAUGCUUUGAACAAGUUCAUGGGCGAAGGCAAGUGGGAAUUGAACCCUGGAGAUGGUGCUUUCUACGGUCCUAAGAUCGACAUCAAAAUCUCUGACGCUUUGAGAAGAUGGUUCCAAUGUGCUACGAUCCAAUUGGACUUCCAAAUGCCACAGCGGUUUGAGUUGGAGUACAAGCGUGACUCCAACCUGAAGGAGAACUCCAUGGCCAGACCUGUGAUGAUCCACAGAGCCAUUUUGGGUUCUGUCGAGAGAAUGACUGCCAUUUUGACCGAGCACUACAAAGGAAAGUGGCCAUUCUGGUUGUCUCCUAGACAAAUCUUGGUUGUUCCUGUUGGUGUCAAGUACUUUGAGUACGCAGAGCAAUUGAAGGAUGAGUUGGUCAAGAAGCACAAGUUUUACGCCGAUGUCGAUCUUUCGGGCAACACUUUGCAGAAGAAGGUGAGAAACGGCCAGAUGUUGAAGUACAACUUCAUUUUCAUUGUGGGUGAACAGGAGCAGGCCGAGCACAGUGUCAAUAUCAGAAACAGAGACAUCCAGGAGGAACAGGGAAAGAACGCUACUGUGAAGUUCGAAGAGGUUGUUGCGCAAUUGACCAAGUUGAAGGAGGAGUUGAGACUGGACAACAAGUUGAUCUAG